UCCCAACAGCCAAUUAUCGAUGAUUGCCUUUCUCGAUAGCCAAUCACAAACCAGGCAUGCGGUGAAAACAUGACUUUCGAUUUGUAAUCAGAUACAUUUCGGACAAUAAAACUGUACGUGGUAUGUUUUCAUCUGAAUUGGCCAAGAUGAAGAAGAAGACGUUAAUGGUGUUCGAUUUCGAUCACACGCUGGUGGACAGGAACAGUGACACGUGGGUGAUCGGAUGCACACCUGCGCAGAGCUUACCUGCCUGGCUUGAGAAUUCCUACCAGAGAGGACGCUGGACCGAGUACAUGGGUCGAGUGUUUACCUACAUCGGCGAGCAGUCUGUCCGUCCGGAUGCCAUACGGGAGCUGAUGCAGGCGAUCCCGUUCACAGACGGAAUGAUCGAGCUGCUGAAGUUCAUCUAUCAAAACAAGAGCGACGUUGAUUGCAUCAUAGUCUCUGAUUCCAACACUCUGUUCAUCGACUGGAUUUUAGAAGCCGGUGGCGUGGCAUGUGCCGUCGAUGGCGUCUUCUCGAACCCGGCCAGUAUUGACCAGCGCGGGUACAUCGAAGUCCGGAACUUUCAUUCACACUCCUGCGAGCGUUGUCCGGUUAACAUGUGCAAGCAGAAAGUAUUAACCGAUUUUAGAGACAGGCAGGCGGAUGCAGGGGUCCAUUACCACACCGUGUGUUAUGUAGGGGAUGGAACAAAUGAUUUCUGUCCCAUUAAAGUUUUAAAUGAGAGCGACAUUGCGAUGCCACGUAAAGGGUACAGCCUUGAAAAACUGCUUGCCAAAACCAGGAGUAACAGCAGCCCCCUUAAGGCGCAAGUGAUACCCUGGAGCAACGGGACUGAAAUAUUAAACCAGCUGAAAAUCAUCCAAAAACAGGCUGAAUUAUUUUAAAACAUUUUAGUGAAGGGCUGCUAUAAAAACACAGUAAACAAAGCUCACUUAUUAUUAUUAUUAUUAUUAUUAUUAUUAUUAUUAUUAUUAUUAUGGCAUGAGAGCCAUUAAAAUAGCCUCAUAUAGAAGUCAGAAGAAGAAUAUCUAUAAUGUUUACAUUCACAUUUAUUCAUACGCUGGAUGUUGCAGAGCUGAGCAGUGGAUUAGUCACUGCUCGAACAGUUCUGCCGUUUAAAGGAAAGCUUUACCGUGAAACACUUUAAACAUGUAUGUAGUAAAAAGAAGAAGAAGAAAAUUCAUGAGUUCAGCAGUUUUUGUUUUGUUGACAUCACAGGGAGACAUUGUUAUUGCUAGUGCGCUUACUAUUAGAGUUUAAUAGGAGGAAACAAAAUGAAACGUUAAAACGAAAAUACAAAACAGUAGGAGCUUCACUUCUCACUCCCCAUUUUCCACGUCACGUUAAUGAGAAAUCCGGCGUAGAAGUAUCUGAGACAGUGGUGCAAACGCAGGAGUCCCAGAAUGCAGUGCAGCCGCACGAUGCAGUGGUGCUGAGUUACAGCAGCUUUUCGGCUCAGUCAGUCGGCGAUCUACGAAACGAUGGCGCGUGAAAGUUGAAGCUUGAGAAGCUGAUCUCUUUGAGCAGAGUGUAGAGACUAAAAUACUGAAGCACUGCUGCAUCGCUCUCUUUAGAUAGAAAUUAAGCGAAGGCUAAAUCCCACUGCUAUCAGCUGGUGGUAAAACGGCAUUAUGGGUAACGCAGGAAACUGUUAACUCCAAACCUGAUUAGCAUGUCUGCUGUAGGUCUGCUUCUCUCAGGGCUUGUAUCCAGAAAUAUAAAAUGUGUGGGUUAUAAAUUGGUAUCAAUAAAAGGAAUGAACUUGUCCUGUCCUUGUCAGUGAAGGAGCUGCGCUAAUGAUAACAUGUCUAGAACAAAAUAUAUCUAAAUAUAGUCUUCAAGUUUUGAGAAUGUGAUAUUUUUUUUUGUCUCGAAUCUGAUUGGUUGGGAAGUUAUUGAUUAAUUUUCUCUAACAGCAGUUCGGACAGUAGAACAACAACUCCAAAUCACAGGUUUGUUUUAAUGUGUUAUUAUUUCUAUAGGAAAACCUUACAGAGGGACUUGUAUGAUAAAUGCUUCACAUAAGCAGAUUUUUUUUUAAAGCAUGUGUAAUUGUUGAUAUGGUGAAGUUUUCUGCAAGGAGAUGUUUAUUUCACGUUUAUGGAAGGAGUCUCCAGUGUCAGCGCUUUGCAACAGUCAGAGGUUAAGCUGUAACUUUAAGUUUUCUGACAUCUUCAGGACAGAAUAUAAGAUUAGGCUUGCAAGCUGAUGUUAGUACUGUAAGUUGUACUGUACUGUUUCUUUAGAGACCGUGUGGAAUUUAAAAUGAAUUUUUUAUGAUAAGUUAUAAAAAAAGACCAUGCAUUUUAUGAUUAAAUAUAAUAUGAUAAAAAAAAUAUAUAUAACAGCAUUUAUGGUUGUAAUUCACACGUCACAUUUUUAACAAGAAGAAUAAUAAAAUGUUGUUUUGUAUUUAAUUAAUAGUUUGCCCUCGAUACUGAUUAAUUUAUGGUAUUUUACAUAUACUUAACCACUUGUUAAUUUUUUUAUGAUCAUCAAUUAUAAUAAAGACAAUAACUUAUGAUUUA